AGUCGCGUGUUCGGUGUGGCCAAGUGUGGAACUUGAAGAAGUGUUUGCCGUUUCUAGUUACCGUUGAGGUUUUCCCCCGUCCGAUUUCCCAUUUCUAUGCCUACGUGAUAGUGCUUUUCCUUUGGUUUCUUACGAAUUUCGCGUGAUAUGGAACGGAGAGGUUUUGGUUUUUUUACGAAAAGGUCUCAACAUUACGACAAUCUGCAACAGGCUGACAGUCAACAGCAUCAAAAGCAGCCACUCAAAGACACAACAAACACAAGUCCAUCAACAAAACAACAAAAAUUUAACAACAACGAAGACGAACAACCGAGCAAUCAAGAACCGGAAUCAACCCAACGCGACCCUUCUGAAAGUAACAAUAAUCAGCAAGCGAGUCGAUCCCUUCAAUGCUUAGAGACUUUAGCUCAAAAAGCAGGAAUUCACGACAUAACAGCCGACGAUUGUAAAUAUGACAUCGCUAACACACUCCUAAAUUUAGAUCGCGGCCACGAGAAUUUAAGACAAGAAGCGAAUAAUCAAUCAAACAUGAGCGAGAUUAAAAGCCAGCAACAGCAAAUCGCUGAUGCCAACGCUCAGGCUCAGGCUCAGGCUCAAGCUCAGGCUCAGGCCCAAGCACAGGCUCAGGCCCAAGCCCAAGCCCAGGCUCAGGUCGUCCAACAGCAACAGCAACAAAUGCAACAAGUGGCUAUGCAGCAGCAACAACAACAGCAGCAGCAGCAGCAGCAGCAGCAGCAACAACAACAACAACAGCAGGAACAGCAAGCCCUCGCUCCUGCACAAAGUCCCCAUAUGCAGCAGGUCGCUGUGACUUCGAUGGGCCCCCCUCAGCACACCGUCUCGAUGCACCAACAAGUGGCCCAACAGGGUCAGGUGAUUCAGACACAAAACGGUCAAGUUCUGGCAACGGCCCAAACGGGAAGUGCAACUUUAACCACGAUGUCCCCAUUGCAACAGAGCCAAGCCCAUCCUCAACAGAUCAGCGCCGACUGGAGCCACGGCCGCGUCCAAGUCAUCCAAAAUCCCACUUAUUUGCAACAAGUUUACAAUACGCAAGGACAACUUCUGAUGCCCAGCAAUAUCGCCUUGCAUCCCGGUAUUAACCCACAGCAAAUACAAGUGAUUACGAAGCCUUUUCAAGGAAACCAACUGACUCCUCAUAUGUUGACGACGGCGCAAGGAAAACACGUACUUCAGGGUAGUCAAGCAGCUACUUUUCCGGGGUAUACGACCAUUCCGACCAUUCCGACGACGCAAAAUCAACAAACUCUGGUUUUGAGUCAAUUAGGAGUGAUCAGCUCGCAACCGAAUAUCUUGCCCAACCAUUCGGCUACAGGCAAUGGCCAGGUGGCGCAGCAGAAACAGCAGGAUAUGCAUAAGGUAAUGGCCGGACAAAAGGUAAUGCAAAAAGUGGCGAGUAGUACGGGUGCUGUAGCUCAAACACAACAAGGACAAUGCGUACAAGUAUCUCAAGCAAUGCUCGGCUCUCAGCCGACAGCCCAAAUUAUCAGUCCGUUACAACCGGGAGGCCAGCCCAUGCAAUUCGCCGCUCCUUGGCAGUUCACAAAUGGUCUCCAGCAGGUUUGGACAACAAACGGGAUCCAAUCCCAGGCUUUGUUGGCCGCUCCCAAUCCAAUUUUCAUCAGGGGAACUCCUCCCGAUGGAUCUCCAGCCCAGGGAAUGUUUAUCCAGCAAAGCCCUCAAGCUACGACGAUUCAAGCCCAACAAAAUCCUGCGAUAGCAACCCAAGGAAAUGUGCAACAGAUCAAUAAACCUAGACCAGCGAAUGAAAAUAUUCAACCGAAGCAACCCACAAGUAGGACGUUAAAUAUAUUGCCGUCGAACACAACAAAUAUUAGACCGGCGAGUUCAGCAGUCUCCACCCAGACCAUCGCAGCGCAAACUCCCGCUUCCAUGGGUGGAAAACUUGGGACGAAAAUACGAACGAAAGCACCGCAAAUCCGGACUUCGCCGGCUCCCAAAGCGGAUGCCUCGAACCAAACCCAAAUUAAACCAUACGCAAACAUCCAACAGCACCACUUGGUCGGCAACAAAAUGGUCGUGAUGAAUACUUCGACCGGUAUGACGCCAGUAACGCCGGGAUCUCCAAUGUCGGUCGAUAAAAAUCAACAAAUGGCCAAUCAGAAUAAAAAUCAAGUACAACAAGGACAACAGCAGCAACAACAGAAUCAGCAACAAGCCGUACUUAUGCAACAACAGGCUAUUCAACAGCACGCCAUACAGCAACAACUGCAGUUCCAACAAGGGCAGCCUCAGCAUAUACAACCCAAGCCCAUGAUGAUGCAAACAAUCCAGGGUAUUCCCCAGCAACAGUUGCAAAUGGCGGGCGAAAGACCCAUAAUGCCUGUCGUUUCAAUGUCACAAGCUGGAGCCCAGCAAGUGCAACAAGCCAUCCAGCAAACCAUCCCUGGAACAUUACAACAAAGUCUCCCGCUUCAAUCCAACCUGGCGGUCACCCAUCAACCCAUGCCCAUGGGCAUGCUACAUUCACAACUUACUCAAAUGGCACCUGCAGGAACAAUCAUUGGCCAAAUUCAGACAUCUACGCAACCUACAACGAUGCAAGUCACUCCAAGUCCGUCGCAAGUUCAACAAAUACAACCAGGCGCACCACAAACAAUCACUAUUUCAACACCACAACAAGUCCCCUUGCCCCCGACGGUGCCCCCAGUUAAAAUCGAACAAGGCGAAGCGGCCACAGCUGAUAGUGCGACGCAGGGAACGGCUACGAUGAUUGCGGAACCGAACAAAGACGCACCGGGAGAGGUGGCCUUACCCCAUUCCGAGAACAAAGACACAAAUCCGUCCAGUGACAACAAACCGCAGUUAAGUACCACCGAAACAACGGGUGUUCAACCGGUACCAAUCCCAGGGACAGUCCCCACGCAGCCCUCCAAUAUUCCAGUGUCCGAAAACGGCCUUCCCAUCGCCACAACGGCUGAAGAAGUGAAAGAGCGGUGCCCCCCUAAAGCUAUGGUGAAACCACAAGUCCUGACUCAUGUCAUUGAAGAUUUUGUUAUUCAAGAAUCGUCUGAACCUUUCCCGGUGACCAGAAGCGCCCUCUUGGGCGACGUGAAACCCAUUCACUCGUCCAACGACAAGGAAGAUGAACCUCCUCGUAAGAAACGAGCUUCAUCUCCGUCGAGUAAUGGAAUUGGGAUGUCGCCCAAAGGUGAAAUGGCUAAAUGCGAAGCUUGUGGUACUGUCGACUUACGCGCCAAAUUUAAGAAGAAUAAGAGGUUUUGUUCCCUGGCUUGUGCUAAAAGUGUAAAAUACAAGACCGAUGAUAAGAAAAAUUGGGACAAAGACGGGAUGGAAGUGGACGUGGAUUCCGGUACUUCUGGUGCUGAGAGUAGUUUGAGUCCUAAUGAAGAGAAUGACAAUACACCAAAAGUCGAUCCAUUGAAGUGGAGUGUUCAAGAUGUGUGUGAUUUCAUUAAGAAUCUGCCAGGGUGUUCUGACUACGCAGAAGACUUCUUGAUUCAAGAAAUCGACGGUCAAGCUUUAAUGUUGUUGAAAGAGGAUCAUUUGAUGACCGCAAUGGCGAUGAAAUUAGGCCCGGCUUUGAAAAUCGUGGCGAAAAUAGACGAUAUGCGAAUCGACAAAGAGCCGCCUAAACAGAAUUAAAUUAUUCUAAUUAGCUAAUUAUACGUUAUUUAAGAGUAUUUAUACAAUUUGUUUAAGACUGUCGAGUGAUCUGAUAUUUUAUAGUGUAUGUAUGAGAGAAUUUCUACGACUGUGUGUGUGUGUGUGUGUGAAUGCGAUUAGUAUUAAUAUUGACUGCAAUUCCAUUAUUAACAGUUUCAAGCCGUUAUGACACAAAAUCUAUUUCGUUUUGAUUCCACUGAUAAUUACUAGGUUUAAAAUAGAAUAUUAUUUAAUUUUUGGUAUGUAUUAAUACCAGUGUACAUAGUGUGUAUACAAUGUUUGCGUUCAAAACAAUUUAUUAUUUGUAUAUAUUUAUAAAUAAUGUCUUUUCGUAAGUCCUUAUAAUAGCAAAUAUCUAAAUGAAAUUCAAAAUUUCUGUUUAUAAAAUUUAUGUAAAUAAAUUUUCUGUGCAAUCUUCAGUUUAAAAGAAUUGAAUGUUAGUUUACAAAUUGAUAUUUGUUACUAUUACUGCCACUUAUGAUAAUAAACAUUUGUAAUUUGUAAAAUGAGUUUCAUUUCCG